GCAACAGUAGGCGGUUCGAAAUUCUCAUCGCACACUCUAGCUCACAUUUCUUCCUUCUUUAUGUGUGAACUGUUCUUCGAACACAACACGAAGUUGUAAGUGUCGGAUUUACAAUUUUUAUAUUAUAUUAUUAAUUCGUUAAUUAUUAUUUUCUCAGAUAAUCGUUAUCCUGUGUCUAAUUUAAUACUCUAGCAAGAUGGGUAAAGAAAAGGUACAUAUUAACAUCGUCGUUAUCGGUCACGUAGAUUCCGGUAAAUCUACCACUACCGGACAUUUAAUCUACAAAUGCGGUGGUAUCGACAAAAGAACGAUCGAAAAAUUCGAAAAGGAAGCCCAAGAAAUGGGUAAAGGUUCUUUCAAAUACGCUUGGGUAUUGGAUAAGCUGAAAGCUGAAAGAGAACGUGGUAUUACCAUCGACAUCGCUUUAUGGAAAUUCGAAACCGCUAAAUACUACGUCACCAUCAUCGAUGCUCCCGGACACAGAGAUUUCAUCAAGAACAUGAUUACCGGAACUUCUCAAGCUGAUUGCGCUGUAUUGAUCGUUGCCGCCGGUACUGGUGAAUUCGAAGCUGGUAUUUCGAAGAACGGACAAACUCGUGAACACGCUUUAUUAGCUUUCACCUUAGGUGUAAAACAAUUGAUUGUCGGAGUCAACAAGAUGGAUUCUACCGAACCACCUUACAGCGAAGCUCGUUUCGAGGAAAUCAAAAAGGAAGUCAGCAACUACAUCAAGAAAAUCGGUUACAACCCGGCUGCUGUCGCCUUCGUGCCAAUUUCUGGUUGGAAUGGUGAUAACAUGUUGGAAGCAUCGGACAAAAUGCCGUGGUUCAAGGGAUGGGCUAUCGAACGUAAAGAAGGUAAAGCCGAUGGUAAAUGUUUAAUCGAAGCCUUGGAUGCUAUUUUACCGCCAAGCCGACCAACUGAAAAAGCGUUGAGACUUCCGUUACAAGACGUCUACAAAAUUGGUGGUAUUGGUACAGUACCAGUGGGAAGAGUUGAAACUGGAGUUUUGAAACCCGGUAUGGUCGUCACUUUUGCCCCGGCCAACUUGACCACUGAAGUUAAAUCCGUUGAAAUGCACCACGAAGCUCUCCAAGAAGCUUUCCCCGGAGACAACGUCGGUUUCAACGUCAAGAACGUUUCCGUUAAAGAAUUGCGUAGAGGUUACGUGGCUGGCGAUUCCAAAAAUAAUCCUCCCAAAGCGGCUGCCGAUUUCACCGCUCAGGUCAUCGUUUUGAACCAUCCUGGUCAAAUCUCCAACGGUUAUACCCCUGUAUUGGAUUGCCACACCGCACACAUUGCUUGCAAAUUCGCCACCAUUAAAGAAAAAUGUGACCGUCGUACUGGAAAAACCACCGAAGAGAAUCCGAAAGCAAUUAAAUCAGGCGACGCUGCCAUCAUUAAUUUGGUACCAACAAAACCGUUGUGCGUAGAAUCUUUCCAAGAAUUUCCACCUUUAGGUCGUUUCGCUGUACGUGAUAUGAGGCAAACUGUCGCCGUAGGAGUAAUUAAGAGCGUGGUUCAUAAAGACCUCAGUUCGGGUAAGGUGACUAAAGCCGCAGAAAAAGCACAGAAAAAGAAAUAACUAGGCCUGGGCGCGUGUAACGGUACCUUUCAGGGUCCGAUAUUAGUGCCUAAGAAGAUACCAUCAUUAACCGCUCCUUACAUAUUAUCAAAAUGGCUACUUUUACCAUUGUUCCACCGGAAAGUAUUUCGAAGGAUAGAAAAAAUAAUUUUCUCGUUUUUAAUUUAUUUAUCGUUUUUGUAUCGUUUUUAACGUGUAUACUUCUCAACUAUAUUAUUUACUUUCAAUAAUUAAGUUCGGUAAUGAAGUAGAUAAAAAACGCUAAAUUUAUAUUACCUUAGUGGAGAAGCGUGUGUGCGUUUUAUCCGUUAUCAGUCGACGUUUCCAUUUUCAUAGUUUUCUUCCCUCUCUGAUCCUUUUUUUUUUAAUUUUAAAGAAAAAAAUUCGUCUUAUUUUAUUUUUAAACACAGUUUAGAAAUUCGAUUCUUCACAUCUACAUAUACUAUAUUGCGCUUCGUAAUGUUGGCUUGACAAAUUUAUUUUAAUAUUAGUUAAUUGUUAAUUUGUGCAUUUUUUUAUUUGUAUUUUUCAUUUAUGGUGGUACUACAAAGGCCAAUAAAAAUGCUUAAACGAU